UGGACAUUGACUGAGCUCGGAACAAUGGCGUUCCUACCGAGGUUUGCAUUCAAUGCGUUUCUGUGCAUGUUUACGAUAUGUGCACCCGGUCUAAUUUCCGGGCAACUUAUUUAUUCUGUUCCCGAGGAAAUGAAGCAAGGAGCAUUUGUUGGGAAUAUCGCUCAAGAUCUGGGCCUGAACGUACAUCAAUUGUCAGCUCGCAAAUUCCGACUGGGCGCUGAUGACGGAGGGCGGUACAUGAAGGUCAGUUUGGACAAUGGAAUAUUGUCUAUUCGUGAAAGAAUCGACAGAGAACGUAUUUGCGGUGAAGCGGAUGUGUGCAUUAUUCCUUUCGAAAUAAUAUUGGAAAAGCCCUUGGAGGUGUACCGCGGAAAAAUAGAGAUUCGUGAUGUAAAUGACAAUGCGCCCACUUUCCCGCAGAGCAGCAUUGCCCUUCAGAUAUCGGAAGCGAAUGCACCCGGUGUACGUUUCCGUCUCGAGAGCGCGGAUGAUCCCGACAUUGGAACAAAUACCGUGACCGCCUAUACAGUCAGUUCCAGUGAGUACUUCAGUCUGAGGACACAGAAAACCGAGGACGAUAUUAUAAUUGCCGAAUUGCUGUUGGAGAAAUCUUUGGACCGAGAGCUACAAUCAUCAUUUCAGCUCUUUCUGACUGCGACUGAUGGUGGGACCCCUCGAAGAACAGGCACAGCUCAAAUUCUCAUUACUGUAUUGGACAACAAUGACAAUCCACCUGUUUUCGAACGUGAUAUUUACAGGGGCAGCAUAAGUGAGAACGCACCGCAUGGUACCUUGGUGUUGAAACUCAAAGGAAAUGAUUUGGACGAAGGAGAGAAUGCAAAGAUAGUAUAUUCAUUUAGUGAUGUUGCCUUGCGAAAAGUCGGUAAUUUGUUCAGUUUAGACCCAGAGACCGGGGAGAUUCGAGUUGGCGGGCAGCUGGAUUUUGAAGAAGCAAACAGUUAUUCUCUCAAUGUUGAAGUAGUGGACCACGGCUCACCUGUAAUGACGGGGCACUCCAAAGUGCUUAUCAAAGUAAUUGACGUGAACGACAAUGCACCCGAAAUAAAGGUGACAUCAGCUUCCAACAUAAUCCCAGAAAAUGCUCCGCCAGGAACUUUAGUAACGUUGAUCAGUGUUUUGGAUCGUGAUUCUGGAGAGAACGGCCAUGUUCGCUGCACGGUACCAAGGAACAUACCCUUUAAACUACAAACAGCAUCGGAUCAUUAUAAAUUAAUUACCAGCGAAAUGUUUGAUCGUGAAGCGAUAUCUGAGUACAGAAUACUUAUUUCCGCCUGGGACUUGGGAUCGCCUUCACUGUCCGCAAAUAUAACCAUGAGUAUUACAAUUUCAGACAUUAAUGAUAACGCCCCUCGGUUUGCUGAAUCAUCCUACAACAUAUACGUUAUGGAGAAUAACGCUCCGGGUGCGUCCAUUUUCACAAUAACAGCAACGGAUCCCGAUCUGGACCAGAAUUCGCGUGUUUCUUAUACUUUUCAUGAGAAUCAAGUCAUAAACGCGCCAGCGUCCACCUACCUAACCAUUAACUCAAUGAACGGUACCAUUUAUGCGCUGCGGUCGUUUGACUAUGAGAAUCUCAAAAACUUCCAGAUCCACGUUCAAGCUCGUGACGCGGGGAUGCCUCCGCUGAGCAGCAGCGCCAGGGUGAAUGUGAUCAUCUUGGAUCAAAAUGACAACGCGCCGGUAAUUGUUUCGCCGUCAGAACAUAGUGGAUCAGCAGCGGUGGAGACUGUGCCAAGGUCAGCGGGGCAAGGGUACUUGGUCACCAAGAUAAUGGCAACUGAUGCAGAUUCUGGUCAGAACGCUCGGCUCGUUUAUCAAAUGGUGAAGUCUACCCAUCCCAGUUUGUACAAAGUUGGGCAAAUAUCCGGUGAAAUUAGAACAGCGCGCAACAUCAUGCAGUCAGACACUGCUGUAAGUCAGACAAGUCUGGUCAUCUUGGUGAAGGACAAUGGGCAGCCAAGCCUGUCCAGCACGGUCACAGUGAACAUUAAAGUUUUGGAGAACAGCACUGAAGGAAUCGUGGAAAGAAGCAACUUAUUGAUGGAUCCAGAAUAUUUAUCUGAUCCAAACGUUUAUUUAAUCGUGAUUUUCAGUUGUACGUCCGUUGUCUUUCUUCUGAUCAUUGUUCUGUUGAUUGGCAUCAAGUGUAAACAAGACAGAAAUAACAUUCAAGCGUAUAACUCCCGCAGUUAUUGCUACAAUCCUGGCAAUUCUCACGGCACGUUCAAUGGAAGACUUGCCAUGGCGGAAACUUUACGCAAUCCUGGGACAGGACGUGUAGUCCGCGUGUCAGAUCUUAAUCAAUACUCGGCCUGUCUUUCUCCAGAAUCAGCGAAAAGCGAUUUUCUCUUCUUGAAACCAUGCGGCGCUUCCACCUCCUAAGCUAAAUCCCGCUGAUGGCUUGUGUUAAGGAAUACCAUUUUAUUUUUAAAGCAGCCAUUUUUGUCUGCCCAGGAAUAUGAAUCAGUACGAGUGGAAUAUUAAUGAAAACAUUCCCUUGUUGCAUAUUGUCUCUUUCGCGUAAUUGGGAGUAAACUAUUUGUAA